UCCUGUCUUCGUUGGUUGAACUGGGACUUUGUCUUAGGCAUAUGUGGUAAUUAGAGAUGGCGCUGCCCAAGAGUCGUACCUAUGGGCAGCGGGAUGGGACUGCACCUAGUUAUCACACCAGACUUCUCAAUAUACUUUCGCUGGGGCAGGAGGUGGGAUGCCAAGUCCUGAUUUGGAUAACGCAGAGUUUAGAUUUUUCUGGCUCUGAAGUUGUCUGUCAACCUAUACUCAAGAGCAAGUGUGGUGGCGUUGACGAAGAAUGCCUACAGCAUGACAGAGCAGAGGGCAGAGCUACUUCCCCUGGCAUGGCUUCCUAAGUCACAGGUGUUCUUUGAUGUGAAGAUUGGAGACAAAGAUGUUGGCAGAAUUGUAAUUGGGUUGUUUGGAAAAGUUGUCCCAAAGACUGUGGAGAACUUCAUUGCGCUGGCAACUGGAGAAAGAGGAUAUGGAUACAAAGGAAGCAAAUUUCAUCGUGUGAUCAAAGACUUCAUGAUUCAAGGAGGAGACUUUACAGCCGGAGAUGGAUCAGGAGGAAGAAGCAUCUAUGGAGAAAGGUUUCCAGAUGAGAACUUCAAGCUCAAACACUAUGGAAUAGGAUGGGUUAGCAUGGCUAAUUCUGGCCCAGACACCAACGGGUCCCAGUUCUUCAUCAGUGUGACAAAGCCUUCUUGGUUAGAUGGAAAACAUGUAGUAUUUGGCAAAGUCCUUGAUGGAAUGUCAGUGGUGCACUUGAUAGAACUCCAGCAGACAGAUGAACAUGACCGGCCUCUUCAAGACUGUGUGAUUGUGAACAGCGGCAAAAUAACUGUUAAAGAACCAUUUGUGGUUGAAGUAGGUGACUGGUGAGGCCAGCAGUCAGAAUGGAAAAUAAAAAUCACUUCUUUAAGGCCUGUUUUGAACUGAUCACAACUAUCCAUUGAGUUUUCUCCUAAGAAUAUAAGGGGAUAUAUUUAAACAGUACUUAUUGUUUGCCAAAUAUCUACAUGAUGUAACCACUUCUGUUGUAACAACUUGAUGGAACUAUCACUUCUUGAAAUCAAAGACAGUCCACUAAAUUCUAGAUCUUUCACAAAAACAUUUAUUACUUCAGUUUUCCAUGAUUUGAAAGGCAGUGGUCUUUUUCUCGAUGGAAAAUUUUGCAGUAUUUGUUUUCACCUUUUCAAUUUAAAAUACUGUUUUCUGUAACAGAGCAUUUUUUAAAAAGAAAAAAAAAAAGCAAAAUACAUAAAUGUUUUGAAUAAAGUUUUAUUUCAAAUAAA